AUGGACAUCCCCACCUACCCCGCGUUUCGCUCCGCCUCCCUCCCCAGUCACACCACCCUCGCCCUCUCCACUACCCCCGACUCCGCCAUCUUCCGGGGCGACUCGGACUGCAUGCUCACCGACGGGCCUAUCACCCCCCCUCUCUCGCCUGGAAGGAGCGAGGACGGCGAAACAUCGAUCACCUUCGACUCGGACCCACGGUUCAGCAUCUCGUCUGCACAAACCCAGUUCAGCCUAGAGCAGUCCCCUCUCAAUCUGAGGAACGGACGUCGGAGUCAACAACAUGACGGGAUGGAUGUGGACUCGCGACCCACAGGUAGCUCUCCCCGCCCACCCCAGAGGCAUAUCGAGGACGAAGAGUCACAUCUGGAGAUGGGUUCACUGAAGCUCACUGAUUUUGAGGUAAAAGGAACCCUAGGCACCGGCACUUUCGGUCGUGUGCUCCUAGUCAAACUCCCGGGUUCUUCUCCCCAAAACACGACAAAUGCAUUUGCCCUCAAGGUCCUGCGGAAGAGCGAGAUUAUGCGUUUACGGCAAGUCGAGCACGUCAACGCGGAGCGGUUCAUUCUCUCGCGCGUCCGCCACCCCUUCAUCGUUGACCUCUACGCGACCUUCCAAGACAGUCUCAAUGUUUACAUGCUCAUGUCCUACGUCCCUGGAGGCGAGCUUUUCACCCACCUCCGUCGUGCAAAACGGUUUACGGCCGACGUCACGCGCUUCUACCUUGCUACGAUCAUUCUUGCACUCAAGUACCUCCACUCCUUCAACAUCAUCUACCGUGACCUCAAGCCGGAGAAUCUCCUCCUCGACUCACGUGGUUAUCUCCGCCUCACAGACUUCGGCUUCGCGAAGAUUGUGGACGACCGUACGUGGACUCUUUGCGGCACGCCAGAGUACCUUGCACCAGAGAUCAUUCAAUCCGAUGGUCAUGGGAAGGCUGCCGAUUGGUGGGCAUGCGGUAUUCUCUGCUAUGAGAUGAUCGUCGGGUAUCCGCCGUUUUUCGACGAGACCGCUUACGGGAUCUAUGAGAAAAUAUUGAAGGGCAAGAUUCACUGGCCGAGAGAAGUCGACCCCCUCUCCAAGGAGCUCAUCAAGGGAUUCUUGCAUCCGGAUCGUAGCAAGCGGCUGGGUAAUCUCAUCGGUGGCCCGCAGGACGUGCUGGAUCAUCCGUGGUUCCGUGGGGUCGACUGGGACUCGCUGGAAAGGCGCGAGAUUAGGGCACCUAUCAUCCCCCACGUUGCCUCCGGGGACGACACGCGCAAUUUCUCCCAUCUUCCUCUCCCUCCCGCGGAGGAAAUCCCUGGUCUUAUUCGCGAGGAGAGCCCACCCACCAUCCAACAGCGUUUCGAUCCCGUGGCCUAUUCGUUCCUGGAGUUCUAG